AUGGCUAGAGCAAGUUGUAAAGGUGAAGGAGGUUGUAGUGAGAGCAGUGAGAGUAUGAUAGAAAUAGACAGACUUAGUAAUCUCCCAGACCAAGUUUCCCAUCACAUUCUUUCCUUCCUUACUAUCAAACACCUUGCCCCUUUUUGCUGUGUGUCCAAAAAAUGCAGAGAAUUGUCUCUGUCAUCUCCUGCAUUGGAUUUUGAUGAAUUUACUACCGUGCGUGAGUCCUCGUGUGCUAAGCCGCAUUGGUUAUUGAAUGGUUUGGAUAGGUUCCUAUUUCAUCGCGGUAAUAAUAAGAUACAGUGGUUUCGUGUUCAUUGGCUUAGUCAUGAUGAGGAGGACAGUGAGGAAACACCGUGCUUCUGUAUGGAUGAGUAUUUUCGAAUCAUGUCAUGGGUCCACAAUGCUCUGAGGUGUAAUGUUGAAGUGCUUGAUCUUGACUUCAAUGAUAAUCAAGAGUGGACUCCAAAGUUUCCAUCUUCCGUCUUUCUUUGUGGAUCUUUGAGGUCUCUUACGGUGGACAUCAAUUGUAUGGUUAUUAAGGCGCCGUCGUCCUCUUUUUCCUCCAAUCUCACAUUAAGAGACUAA